ACAGGGUCCACAUGAGUCCAGUACGCCGGUUUGUUCGCUAAUGUAACACUCUCACCUCUCCGACGAGCGUUGAUUUAUUUUAUUUUUUAUCGUUUCGGCGGAACCGGUGCCCGGGUGGGAGCGGAUGCGGAGCGCAGCAGCGGCCGCCGGUGCGUCUCCAACUUGACCACCACCAGACAAUGGGAGUAGCUGAGCCGUGCUGCUGCAGCGCCAAGUACUACUACUACAACUACUCGCCCCUGGGAGACAAGUACGAGAAGAAAAGGGAGAAGCGGCAGCAAGAGGAGGAGGACGUAAAGAAGAAGAAGGAGAGGGAGAAAAGGAGGCAGACUUGUUCUACCUGCAGACUCCCCUCUCUGAGCAGCAGCAGCGCCGGGACAACAGCUUCUACGCACGGUUCCAGAGUGACGCUCCGCUGGCUCUAGGAUGCAUGUGAGAAAACCUGCAGAGAAAGCACUCCUCUGUGUGGGUCUGUUCUCUGAGUGGAUCUGGGGAAUAUAACACAUGCACAUUUUUUUCAACCCUCUGGAGACGGCAAGGUUCCCGCAGCCAAACAGCCACCACUGAAGGAAUAUGUUUUAUUUCCCCCGCCGCGGAUCGCACAGACAGGACUUUAGAGUAAUUGGAUGUAAUUGUGUGUCAGUUAACAGCAGCCUGUGAUCUGCUCUCGAGAACCCCCCCUCUCCUUCCCUUUUUCCCUCCCCUCCCAAACCAAAAUCUGGACAAGCUUCCCCGCCGCAGCCUGCCUCUGUCCGUGGUCCUGAACACAAUUUCGAGGUGGAUUUAGUGGAUUGUCCCCCUCCACAGUGGCGGCGCAGGAGGCGUGAGAGCGGACAUGAGCAUGAUUUCAUGGAGAGUGAGGUCAUGAGCAUCGCGCGGCUCGGCACCGGCGACUCCGGGAUCUGAAACACACACAAAAAAAGCGGAACAUUUUCGGUUCACCUUGGAGGUCAUAAACCAUAACCACAACCCCCCUCCCCUCUCACCCUCAUCUUCCUCCUUCUCUUCCUCCACCAAAGAUUUUUUUUCUUUUUUGUCUUUUUUUGGAGGGGCUUUCGUCCUCUCCAGAGUGUGACUCCCCACCCCCAUUCAGAAAUACCUCCUCACCCCCCCCUCCAAACAAAAUGAGACUGGCAAAAAUGUGCCGACUAAACGUGCUGGGGAUCUAUUUGUGGCAAACGGUUGUGUUUUUCAGCUUGGCAGCAUCCAAGGAAGCUGCGGCGAGGAAAGCUGCUUCCCCGAUGCCACCGUCCGAAUUUCUGGACAAACUCAUGGGCAAGGUUUCGGGGUACGACGCCAGAAUCCGACCAAAUUUUAAAGUGUGGAACAAAGACCCCAAAGGCUCCAAAAAUGAAGCUACUCACAAGAAAGGUCCGCCUGUGAACGUCACCUGCAACAUUUUCAUCAACAGCUUUGGCUCCAUCGCUGAGACAACGAUGGACUACAGAGUGAACAUCUUCUUGAGACAGCAGUGGAACGACCCUCGGCUGGCCUACAGUGAAUAUCCAGACGACUCCCUGGACCUCGACCCCUCCAUGUUGGACUCCAUCUGGAAACCUGACUUGUUCUUUGCCAAUGAGAAGGGGGCCAACUUUCAUGAGGUCACCACUGACAACAAGUUGCUACGCAUCUCUAAAAAUGGCAAUGUGCUCUACAGCAUACGAAUAACACUGGUCCUGGCCUGUCCCAUGGAUCUGAAGAACUUCCCGAUGGAUGUGCAGACUUGCAUCAUGCAGCUGGAGAGCUUCGGCUACACCAUGAAUGACCUCAUAUUCGAGUGGGACAAGAAAGGAGCCGUGCAGGUGGCCGAUGGCCUGACGCUACCUCAGUUCAUCCUGAAAGAAGAGAAAGACCUGCGCUACUGCACCAAGCACUACAACACAGGUAAAUUCACCUGUAUUGAGGCUCGCUUCCACCUGGAGCGUCAGAUGGGUUACUACCUGAUCCAGAUGUACAUCCCCUCACUGCUCAUUGUCAUCCUGUCCUGGGUUUCCUUCUGGAUCAAUAUGGACGCUGCACCCGCCCGGGUGGGUCUGGGCAUCACCACUGUGCUAACCAUGACCACGCAGAGCUCCGGUUCAAGAGCCUCUCUGCCCAAGGUGUCGUACGUUAAAGCCAUCGAUAUCUGGAUGGCCGUCUGUCUCCUCUUUGUGUUCUCGGCCCUGCUCGAGUACGCUGCUGUCAACUUCAUCGCCCGCCAGCACAAGGAGCUGCUGCGCUUCAGACGGAGGCGACGACACAUGAAGCCUGAGUCUUGGCCUGUGUUGCAGGAGGAUGAGACGGGCGAGGGGCGCUUCAGUUUCCCCGGUUAUGGUAUGGGCCCCGCCUGCCUGCAGGCCAAGGAUGGCAUGGCCAUCAAAGGCAACAACAACAAUGCCCCGGCCUCGGCCGCACCCGAGAAAAGCAUCGAGGAGAUGAAGAAGCUCUUCAUCAGUCGGGCCAAGCGCAUCGACACGGUGUCCCGCGUGGCCUUCCCGCUCGUCUUCCUCAUUUUUAACAUUUUCUACUGGAUCAUUUACAAGAUCAUCCGCAGCGAGGACAUCCACAAGCAGUAGUGGAGAGCCGAGGAGAAGGAGGAGGACGAAGGCGAGAACGGUGUGAAGAGGAGAACACAGAGAAAAGAAAAGAGAAAGAAACAGAGAGCUGACUUCAGUGGGAGAGUCAUUGCCCUUUUUCACCUCCUGUCCUCUUCCUCAUCCUUCACCUUCAUUCAGUUGAGGAAAAGUGCCCCCCCCCCAAUUCCCACAGACAUGAUUUCAAAUAUUUAUUGCUUUAUUUUUCCUUUAUUCUGCUCUCCUACCCUGAAUCCUGCCCCCUGUUCCUCUCUCUUUCCAACUCCUGAAUAAUCCGGACCAGUGCAAUAGCAAUGCAGUAAAAUGCAUGAUAUAUGAAUGUGGCAAUAUAUUAAAGAAAAGAAGAAAAGUUCAACUUUUGCAGGCGCCCCAACAAACUGUGGGAGCAGUCAGACUGAACAAGCAAGGCUUGUAAAAGAAAUGUUGUAUUUGAUUUUAGCUUUUUGUGUGAAGACAGAUAUAUAAUUCUAUAUGAAAAAGUGACGUGGGGCGGGGCUGUGCGAGAAGCAGCAGUGUAAUAUACUCAUAUAUCUAUCAUAACUGGAAAAAGUAGGGUGUUUGUUUCCACAGGUGGGCAUCUGGAAUCAGAGGAUUUUUCUCCCAAAAACAGGAAGGCGGGCGGAUCGG